UACGUUUAUGGUGUAUACUGUAUAUACCUCAUUUUCGUUAUGUUUGAAUCUAGAGAGAGCAGUCUGCAGUUAUCUGGUACUAGUUAUCAGUUUAUCACCUACAAUACGCACGCUUCUAACAGCAAGUUUAAACUACGAUUUAAGAUCUAUCUUUUACUUAAUACUAUUUUAAAUCGUGGUUUAAACACAGGAUAAAGAAUACUGCAUAAUAAAUUCAAUUAUAUUAUAAUUUUGUUGUGUUAUAAAUAUCAAAUUUUAAUUAGAAUUUCUCAUUUGCGGCAUACAUACAUAUUGUCAUAAUAUCAUGUUUUUUUGUACGUGAAUUGUGAUCUGUUGGAUUCCUGUCGUUUGUUGAAUUUAUCUUCAAUCAAAAUUUGAAAUGGAAAAUAUAAAUUUAAAGGAUAAUAAGUUGACUACCGUCGACGAUGCAGCUUAUUAUAUACCAAAUUUUAUAACCGAAGAUCAGGAAUCAUAUAUAAUGGAGAAAGUAAAUAGUGCGCCAAAACCGAAAUGGUGUCAAUUGAAAAAUAGAAGAGUUCAAAAUUGGGGAGGCAUGCCUCAUAUCAAAGGACUUAUUCCCGAAACAAUUCCUGAUUGGUUAAAAGGAUUUAUGGAUCAAGUAGACGGUCUUCAUGUAUUUCCUAGCACUAAUAAACCAAACCAUGUGUUAAUUAAUGAGUACUUAUCUGGACAAGGGAUCAUGCCACAUUUAGAUGGAAGUUUAUUUUUUCCUACUAUAAGUACAAUAACCUGUGGAUCUCAUACUGUAUUGAAUUUCUAUAUGCCACUUAAGGACGAAGCGGUUGUUUCAAAUGAGAAAGUAUACAGUGUAUUGUUGGAAAGGAGAAGUCUACUUGUUUUACAGGGUAAAAUGUAUACCGAAUAUAUGCAUGGCAUUGAGGAGAUUUCCAAUGAUAUAAUUGAUGAUAACAUAUCCAAUAUAACAUAUUGUGGAUCAAAUUAUCAAAAGGGAAUUUCAUUAACAAGAAAUAAGCGCAUAUCAUUAACUAUAAGAAAUGUUCCUAAGGUAUUCAAAUUAAAUUUGAAUUCAAUAAUUAAAAAAUAACUCAUCAAUUUUAAAACACAAAUAUGUACAAUAAAUUGUUUGAAUAUAUUUUUAAAUUCACUUACAAUAAUUAAUCAAAUUUAUAAUAUUUACAAUAAUAAAUUUUUUUCUUGUAUAUAUAUAUAUUUUUAUAAUUAAAAAGUUGUAGGUAAAUAAAUGUUUUUUCUAAUGUGCAUACCCCUACUAUUGGUAUCAAAUAAAAAAUAAAAUCAAUAGAUUUACAAACAAUAUCAAAGCAGGUUGACAUCAAUACCAGAAUAUUAGAUUCAUGGUUAUUUACAACACACAGACACAAUAAAAUUUUACAUUUGUAAAUUAAUAAAAAAUAUUAUGAUAUUGCAAAUAUGGCAAAACCACGUCACUCAAAACAAUCAUUUUUUUUUCUUAACUUACAUAACUAAUAAUAUAAGAUUUAAAAAUUGUAAUCUAAUAUUAUUCAUUAAUAUGUAUAUUUAUAUAAAU